AAUUUGCUGUUCAACUGUGUCAUCAUUUAGCUGCCCUCUUUGUGGCGUUAAUACAAAUCCACCGACACUGAACAUCUUCACUAAACUUUUUUUUUCACAUCUGUCCAAUGACGCGUUUACGUACAUGUGAUUUUGCAUUUCACACUCUUCUUUGAAUGAAAAUUACACCGAAAUUGCAAAAAGUAGUGAUAAAUCACAGGAUUCUGUUUUGCAUAUUUCCAUCAUAAUGAAUCCAACAGGACCAACUAAUGUUCCACGACAAGAGGAAACAAGAUCUGCUCGUAAUGAAGAUUAUGAUUCUCAUUCAAAUCUACGUUCAAGAACCGAAGAGGAAAUACUAAAGUGUAGACAUGAGUGGCAACAGAAUGAAGAACGGGAAAGGCAACAUGAAAAAUUGAAACAGCAAAAGAUUUUAGAGUAUGAAACACAAUGUGCACAAGCUUUAGGGUAUGCUGAGUCAAAAUCUUUAAAUCAUAAUCAAAGUAAAAGCAGAAGUAAAUCUCCUUCACAAGACCAACAUAAAGGAAGAUCUAUGACACGUGUUGCUCAAUCUGAUAUGCUGUUUGAAAAGAUCGAAGAGGAAAGACUAAGGCGUAGACGUGAGUGGCAAUGGAAACAAAAACGGGAAAGGCAAUAUGAAAAAUUGAAACAGCAAAAGAUUUUAGAGUAUGAAAGAAAACGUGCACAAGCUUUAGGAUAUGCUGAGCCAAAAUCUGUACAUCAUAGUCGAAGCAAAAGCAGUAGUAAGUCUCCGCAAUAUCGACAUAGAGGAAGAUCUUGGACAAGUGCUUCCAAAUCUGGUACAUUGUUUGAAAAAUUAGAGGGAUCUACAAGUGGGACAAUACCUUUGUUCAAAGGUUUUGAGGGCAUACAAAUUAAUACUAAGGAUCUACGUCGAAUUAAAGUUAUUAUUAGCAGAAAUAUUCCUGUAAAUGAUCCAAUUCCCGAUCUGCAACGAAAUAUAAUUAAUGCUGAAGAUGUGAUCCUCAAAAGAAGAGAAGGAGAAGGAUCUAAACCAAUAUUCGACAGAGAAGAAAUAGAAAAAGCUACUAAGAUUAAUGAAAUAGAAGAGCGACAUACGGCUGCUAUAGAUGGAGAGCAGCAGUCAGAUUCAACCGAUAAAUCGCAAACUUCUUCAUUAUUGUCAUCUAUAUUGUAUGAUUCUGAAUAUCUAUCUUUCGACCAGUUUUCACCUAAGUCGCAUACCAGAUCACUUAUGGAAGAAAAAUCUUACUGCGACAGAUAUCGUGAUAGAUCGAGUGAACAUUCUCGUAAAAGAAAAGACAGAAAUAGAGAUAGUGACAGAUCCAGAAAACGAAGAAGAGAUAAAGAUAGAGAUAGAGACAAAUCCAGAGAACGAAGAAGAGACAGAGAUAGAGAUAGAGACAAAUCCAGAGAACGAAGAAGAGACAGAGAUAGAGAUAGAGACAGAUCUAGAGAACGAAAAGAUGUUGCACCGCAUUAUGUCGAGCCACCAAUACACGUGCCAGACAGAGAUAGAGAUAGAGACAAAUCCAAAGAACGAAAAGAUGUUGCACCGCAUUAUGUCGAGUCACCAAUACACGUGCCUAUCUAUUAUAAUCUUCCUCCAAGUCCAAUUGUAGUAAGCCCUAUGGUCCCAUUUAGAGGACAAGUCCCUCCUAUGGCAAGAGGCCGACAUUCUGCUCUAAUGGCACCGGUUAGACCAUUCCCUCCAUGGUUUAUUCCUCCGGAUAUGUACAGAUUGCGACCUCCACCACCAAACCCAAGAUAUGGACCGUUUUAAAAAUCUUUAUAGUCUUUAUACUUAUUAUUUUUUGUAACUUUAUAUGUUGAAUAAUAUGGAAUUGUGGUGAAAAAAGAUAUCACAAAUUAUUCAGCUAAUCGUAUUAAUUUCAAGAUUAUAAAAGUGGGCGAACAAAGAACAAGAAAAUCUUUACAAAUUUUAAAGGUCAUAGUUA